GCAAGAUCACAAAAUCCUCCAGCUUUUCGAACAACUGAGAUGACGAUUUUGAAACGGGAAUGUACCCAUCUGGAAUAACCUCCCACACCUAUUUUCCCAUGAAUUUGUGAUGUGAUAGAAACGAGGCUACUGAAUAGAGCAGCGGAUGGCCUACCUCUAUCUAUGUAUGUACGAAAUGUGUUUGUUGACAACUUGUCAUGGAAACAUGUCCACUUGGCUAAUCACGUGUUCGCGGUACAAACAACACCCAGCCAUAUCCAUUGAAUACAUGCAUUAGACCACUGCCUCGACUGGUCAUGUAUCCGCGAUUGCUGGGACGGGAGUUCCUGCGGUUUUCACCCGAGGUCCAGCGCAUCCUCCACCAAUGUCAAAGCCCGUGGGAUCUCCUGGCUUCCCAGAUCGUGUUGCUCGAAUCCGCCAUCCUCACCCAUGGCAUGCCUUAUCCCACCAACUUGGAAAUGGCCCAUCAAGUCCAAAAUAUCAUCCGAGAUCGGGGUGCGGUACCCGCCACGGUGGGCAUCAUUUCCGGUAAACUUCACAUUGGAUUGACCGAUCAUGAUCUGGCCUGGCUUGCCCGACCUGACACGGCCAAGGUGAAAGUGUCCCGUCGAGAUUUGCCGGCGGUCUUGGCCCGGGGAGGUCAUGGCGGGACCACCGUGGCCGGUACUCUGUUGGCGGCACGACAAACCCCGUGGGGUUCACUGCCUUUGUUUGUCACGGGCGGAAUCGGCGGGGUUCAUCGAGCAGGCCAGAACUCCAUGGAUGUGAGCGCAGAUUUGGUGGAAAUGGGACGAAGCUCCACCACUGUGAUUUCAGCUGGGAUCAAAUCCAUCUUGGAUAUCGGUCGCACCCUCGAGUACCUGGAAACUCAAGGCGUUUGUGUGGGAACAUUGGGCGAGACCGACGAUUUUCCUGCCUUUUUUACGCGGAAGAGCGGAUUCCGCUCUCCGGUUCAUGUCCGGGACGAGCGAGACAUGGCCCGACUCAUGGCUACUCAUCAUAGUCUGAACUUAGAUUCGGGAAUCCUCAUGAGUGUGCCGAUUCCUGCAGCGGAUGAAGCCACGGAUGUGGAGGAGGCCAUCCAGCAGGCUCUGGCCUUGGCCGACGAAAAAGGAAUCACGGGUCGAGAGGUCACGCCAUUCGUUUUAGGGAAAGUAAAUGAACUCUCGCAAGGAGCGUCGCUCAAAGCCAACUUGGCUUUAAUAAAAAACAACGCUCGGGUGGGUGCCGAUAUCGCCGUAGAAUUAGCCCAGCUCGUGCGUAGUUCAAUCCAGCCAAAGUCGCAUCAUUUACAACUCGACCGCGAUAAGGCCUCGACCGCCGAAACGAUCCAGCUCAGACCGAUGGUUGUGGGCGGAUCUAUCCUUGAUCUGGUGACGCAUAUACGCGAUCCUGUGGUGUCCAUGGACGGAUCUACUCAUCUUGGAACGGUUGAUUUCGGCUAUGGUGGCGUAGGCCGGAAUCUGGCCGAUGCUUUGGCCUUGUUUGAUCUUAAUCCCAUGUUCAUCUCUGCCGUUGGGGCGGAUGAUCUUGGCCGAAAUAUGAUAGAGCACAAUGAGAAGCUGGACAAGAGCCGGGUGGCCAUAUUAAGUGACCAUCGGACAGCCAUGUAUAACAUUGUCUUAGAUUGCGACGGUGCGGUUCGUCUGGGGGUCGGAGACAUGAGUAUUCACACCCAAGUCUCACCAUCUUUAAUCCAAGAACAGUUACCACGGCUCGAACAGUGCUCAAUGCUCGUGUUGGAUGGAAACCUCCCUCAAGAGAGUGUCAAUUACCUUCUUCAACUUGACAAUGCUAGCAAUGUGCCCGUUUUCUACGAACCCACGGAUGUCCGGAAGUCAGACAAGUUUCUUAAAUCCGGCGUUCCAUCUGCUGUGACGUACUUUUCCCCCAAUUUGAAAGAGCUCUUUUCGGCUACGGGAAGUGCAUACUCCUACGACGAUCUCAACGAUUGUAACGCCUCUCUUUAUAAGGCCGUAGAUGCUUGUGUGGAUAUGUUGACCCUACUCCAAGUGAUCAUCGUGACCAUGGGCGACGACGGCGUACUCAUAGUUCGACGUGGCUCAGCUCACGAACCUCUACCUUUAAGGAAUGAUCCCGGGAGUAAGUCUCGUAGUGAGUUCACCAUAUCGGCCACGCAUUAUCCAGUCAGAAAGAUUUGCGAUGCCGUGUCCUGUUCUGGAGCGGGCGAUUGCCUCUCAGCCGCUUUUAUAACCUCGAUCCUCAACCAUCACUCCCAAGGUCAAGCUGUGGCUGCGGGCAUUCAAGCCGCUGCCCUUAGCUUGGGACAGGACAUGUCCGUACCUACAAUGCUCUCGCGUGAUAUUAUCGAUUGGCAGUCUGAGGCCAAAGGCCGUCCUAUUCUGUGAUUUUUGCAACGCAUUUAUUUUUUCAGAGUUUGGCUUACCACAUACGAAAUUUGUAAAUUCAGUUUGAAUUCAAUUUGGUCUCAACCGAUUUGACCAAACCAAAACCAAGAAUUUCAAAAUCUUCAAUCAUUGCCUCUAUACUGUGAACGCGCUUUCCGCCCAAGAUAAAUUUCCCCCCACCUUG